UCUCACACACAGGUAACAAAAAGUGCAAGAUUAACAGAUAUAUAAGCACACAAAGAUCACUGAUGAGGAGUAAAUGGAUCUAUGUGGCUAUCCUGGGGAUAGCAUGCAUGAUGCUUGGAGUCAAUGGGAACAAUACAACAAGCAGUAGCAACUCUACAGGCAGCUGGAUAUCUUCUAACAUGACCACCAACCUGACCCAGACUCUACCACCCAACAUGACCACCAACCUGACCCAGACGCACCCACCCAGCAUGACCACCAACCUAAACCAGGUCGGUCCCUUCAACAUAACCACAAACUUGACUCAAACAGGACCUCCCAACAUAACCCCGAACCUUACCCAGACGGGCCCUCUUAACAUGACCACAAACCCGAACCUGAUCAGCCAUUUUAACAUGACCACAAACCCGAUUCAGAUAGGACCUCUCAACAUGACCACAAACCCAACCCAGAUGGGUCCUCUCAACAUGACCACCAGCCUUACCCAGACAGGCCCUCUUAAUAUUACUACAAACCCAUCCCAGAUGGGCCCUCUCAACAUGACCGCAAACCCGAACCAAAUGAGCCCUUUUAACAUGACCACAAACCCAACCCAGAUGGGCCCUCUCAACAUGACCACAAACCCAAACCAAAUGAGCCCUCCCAACAUAACCACUAAUCUGACCCAAACACACCCUAGCAACAUAACCGCUAACCUGCCCGAAACACACCCUCCCAACAUAACCACCAACCUGACCCAAACACACGCUCCCAACAUAACCGCCAACCUGACCCAAACACACCCUCCCAACAUCACCGCUAACCUGCCCCAAACACACCCUCCCAACAUAACCACCAACAUGACCCAAACACCCCCUCCCAACAUAACUGCUAACCUGCCCCAAACGCCCCGUCCCAACAUAACCGCUAAUCUAACCCAAACACACCCUCCCAACAUAACUGCCAACCUGACCCAAACACACCCUCCCAACAUAACCUACUACAAACCCAUCCCAGAUGGCCCUUUUAACAUGACCACAAACCCAACCCAGAUGGGCCCUCUCAACAUGACCACCAACCUGACCACAAACCCGACCCAGAUGGGCCCUCUCAACAUGACCACCAACCUGACCCAAACACGCCCUCCCAACAUGACCACCAACCAUAGCCAGAUGGGCCUUCUCAACAUGACCACAGCUCCAAAUCAGAUGGUCCCUUUUAAUAUGACCACAAACCCAACCCAGUUGGGCCCUCUUAACAUGACCACCAACCUGACCCCCAACCUGACCCAAACACACCCUCCCAACAUAACCACCAACAUGACCCAAACACCCCCUCCCAACAUAACUGCUAACCUGCCCCAAACGCCCCGUCCCAACAUAACCGCUAAUCUAACCCAAACACACCCUCCCAACAUAACUGCCAACCUGACCCAAACACACCCUCCCAACAUAACCACUAAUCUGACCCAAACACACCCUAGCAACAUAACCGCUAACCUGCCCGAAACACACCCUCCCAACAUAACCACCAACCUGACCCAAACACACGCUCCCAACAUAACCGCCAACCAGACCCAGACAAGCCCUCCCAACAUAACUGCCAACCAGACCCAGACAAGCCCUCCCAACAUAACUGCUAACCUGACUCAAACACGCACUCCCAACAUAACUGUCAACCUGCCCCAAACACACCCUCCCAACAUCACAAACUUGACCCAGACACGGCCUCCCAAUAUUACCACAAACCCGACCCAGACAGGCCCACUCACUACCCAGACAAGCCCUCCCAACAUAACUGCCAACCAGACCCAGACAAGCCCUCCCAACAUAACUGCUAACCUGACUCAAACACGCACUCCCAACAUAACUGUCAACCUGCCCCAAACACACCCUCCCAACAUCACAAACUUGACCCAGACACGGCCUCCCAAUAUUACCACAAACCCGACCCAGACAGGCCCACUCACUGUAACAAACAUUAGAACAACAUCAGGCUCUAAUACUCAGUCACCAGACAUCACUGGCAGGGAUAACUGCAGGAGGGAUAGGGCAUGUUUCUCCGCUCCACCUACCUGUAAUCCAGGUGCAGAGGGUUCCUGCUAUUUUCUCUCCACAAGAGGAGUAAGCGGAAAUGCAGAUAAUUUUACUUUUGAGCUCAGUGGCGAGACAGAUGGUUACAUUGGAGCUGGCCUCUCUCGAGACAGCAGUGGUCAAGGUGCCACCGUCUAUUCUUGCGCCAAAUUCAAUGGUGCACUGAGGUUAAUUCGUUCCACACUGAACAAUCAAAUACUGACUCAGGAUAAUAUAUUCAUCCCUGGAAGCUUCCGUGGCUCAGUGAUUGGUAGAAAGAUUCAAUGCAUUUUUAAUGCUGCAGGUCUCAGCAGCACCACCCGUUCUGCAACCACAGACACUUUUGUCUUCCUUGUAACAGGCAGCAUAUCAAAUGGUUCUCUGGAUUCUCCAGUCAGUAGACUGACCACAAAUGGGUCAGUGGACUUAAGCAACCCUAACAGCACAGACGUUUCACUAAUAACACCUAGUACAAAUGCCACUGCAUCUAAUACCACAGCAACAUCAACCACCACUGCGGCUUCUACGAACUUGACCCAGACGCAUCCUCCCAACAUGACCACAAACGUGACCCAAAUGGGUCACCUCAACAUGACCACCAACCUGACCCAGACACACCCUCCCUACAUAACCACCAACCAGACUCAUACACGCCCUCCCAAUAUAACCACCAACCUGACUCAGACACACCCUCCCAACAUAACCACCAACCAGACUCAAACACGCCCUCCCAACAUAACCAUCAACCAGACUCAAACACACCCUCCCAACAUAACCACCAACCUGACCCAAACACACCCUCCCAACAUAACCACCAACCAGACUCAAACACGCCCUCCCAACAUAACCACCAACCAGACUCAAACACGCCCUCCCAACAUAACCACCAACCAGACUCAAGCACGCCCUCCCAACAUAACUGCUAACCUGACCCCAACACCAUCAGGCUCUAAUACCUUGACCAACAGCAACAUCAAUAAUAUAUCACUAGAUAUUCCUGGCAGGGAUAACUGCAGGAGGGAUAGAGCAUGUUUCUCUGCUCCACCUACCUGUAAUCCAGGUGCACAAGAUUCCUGCUAUUUCCUUUCUGCAAGAGGAGUAAGCGGAAGUGCAGAUAAUUUUACCUUUGAACUCAGUGGCGAGUCAGAUGGUUACAUCGGAGCGGGCCUCUCUCGAGACAGCAGUGGUCAAGGAGCCACUGUCUAUUCUUGCGCCAACGUCAAUGGUGCACUGAAGUUCUUCCGUUCCACACUGAACAAUCAAAGACUGGCUCAGGAUAACACAUUCAUCCCUGGAAGUUUCCGUGGUUCGGUGAAUAGAGGAAAGAUUCAGUGCAUUUUCAAUGCUGCAGGUCUCGGCAGCAUCACUCGUGCGGCAACCCCAGAUACUUAUGUCUUCUUUUUAACAGGCAGUGUCUUAAAUGGUUCUCUGGAUUCUCCAGUCAGUAGACUGACCACAAAUGGGUCAGUGGACUUAAGCAACCCUAACAGCACAGACGUUUCAGUAAUAAUACCCAGUACAAAUUCCACCACAACAGCACCGAACACCACCGCAUCUAAUUCCUCUGUAGCAUUAAACACCACAACGGCCCCGAACACCACCACAUCUAAUUCCACAGCAUCCUCAAAUACCACUGCAUCUACUGCCUCUGGAGUAUCUACAGCUAAUAACGGUACAACAAAUGAGAAAGUCACCAAGGACAACUGUAAGAAGGACAGGGCAUGUUUCUUCACUCCAGCCAACUGUGAUCCAUCGAGCGCAAGUAGCUGCUUUUUCACCUCCACAAGAGGGGUGAACGGAGACUCAGACAAUCUCACUUUUGAGCUCAGUGGAGAUGCAAACGGUUACAUCGCAGUUGGCCUGUCUCGAGACAAGAAGGAGGGUGAUGAUGACACCGUCUACUCUUGUGCCAAUGACAAUGGCGUGGCGAAGUUCAUUCGUGCCACACUGAACAACGCCAUUCUGACUCCGGACAAGACUUUUAACCCUAGAUCCUUCCGUGGCUCUGUGAGCGGCACUAGGAUUCAGUGCAUUUUUGUAGCUGCAGGUCUCAGCAGCAGCACCCGUGCGGCAAACACAAAUACUUUCCUCUAUUUCUUCACUGGCAACUUUACAAAUGGCACUCUGGGGUCUCCAGUCACACGAAUGUCUACAAAUUCAUCGGUUGAUCUGACCAACACUAACAGCUCAGACGUUGCCAUAAUAACACCCACUACAAACACAGACUCUAAUACUACCACUAUUACCGUUUCUACUACUGCGACAACGACUACUAAAUCAAAACCUGCUACUACAGCAGGGAGCAAUGCACUGCAUCAUGCUGCAUCACAGGCUGCUCUGGUAAUUCUCUCAGGGAUCCUUGCAGUCCUCCUGUUGUAAGGAUGCUGCCCACACAUUUGCUUUCUGAAACUGGUCGAUGAGCACUGGACGCUUGAUGAACCCAACGCCAAAGUAUAUGUAAUUCAGCAUAUUUAUAACUGUGCAAUAUAGCGACUCUGGGAACAAUGAAGAAAGGAGCUGAAAAUAUAGGGAAGAGGGCAAUACAUCAUUUAUUUAAUCUGUGUGUUUGUGUGAGAGAGAUUGUGUUUAUGAAUGUAUUUUGCGAGCGUUAGUGUUUGUAUUCUGCUAAUGUACUGCUAUUUAAAAUCAAGCUCCUGCACAGAGAGGGCUGAUAAAAAUUAUAAUCAGUCUAUUCAUUUAAUUGUGCAUGUGUGACACCAUCAAGUUGCUGAAAAUAUCUAAGAUAAUUGUUUUUAAAUGUAUUAAUUUAUUCUUACUUAUACCUCAAACUAU